ACUGAUGUUUGUAUUUCUCAUUAGUCCCAAAAGUAUACAAUUUAGGUAUUUGUAUGAAAAAAUAUUUUACAUUAAAACUCAAAAACAUUAAAUAAAACUUGAUUUGUAAAACGUAAAUAAACAUUUUUUACAAUCUUGACACAAAAUACAUAUAUUAUGACAAAUGCAAACCGAUCGAAAUGGGAAUACGAGAGUGAAAGCGAUUUAAUUCAGGAUUUUAAGAAAACAUUUGCAAAUCCGAGUAAUCUUGACCCAGCAGCCGAACAUCUUUUCGAAUCUAUGUUUCAAGAAGCUGUUGAAGGAGUGGCAUUUCAAAUGCAUUUUGAGAGCAAACAUCCAGAAGUCUUUUCGACAACAAAUCAAAGUUUUGAUGAUACAAAGAAGCACAGCUCAUCAUCACACAACGACUACGGUGCAAGCAGUAACAAAUUCCUAAAUUGCAAAUGCUUGAAUUGCGAAAAAACUGUUUCUGCAAAUAAAUUUGCAUCACAUUUAGAAAAUUGCAUGGGACUGGGAAGAAAUUCUUCAAGAAUAGCAAGUCGAAAGAAGACAACAAACAAUUCAUAUUAUGAUCCAGAUGAUCCUUAUGACAACGAUGCUGAAUCUAACGAUGCUAACUGGACAGCUAAGGAGAAGACUAAGAAGAAGACAAUCAAAAGCCAAUCGAGUCAGAAGAAAAGCAAAACUUACAUGUGAAACCGGUAUUCUCUUCGGAGCGACCAUUAGUUAUCAUUUUACUCAUUUGUGAUAACGAUUCACAAUCGUCUUAUCCAAUCUUAAAGUGAACAAAUUAUUCACGAAGUUCUCAAUCAGUUUAAGAUAAAACUAGAAAAUUCUUUGUUUACGCUUUAGGGUUUGCAAGAACGAAACGAUGAAAACUUUUUGAGAUAAAAAGAAAAUAUUCCAAUCUACGACCAGAAAUAGGCAUUUGUUCAAAAUAAUUUUAAAUAUAUUUAAAUAUUUAAUCAUUAAGCUCAUGUAUAAAUGAGUGCUUAAUGAAAGUGUGAGAUACGUUUUAGAUCCUGAAAGAAUAAAUAUUUAAUAUUAAGAUAUUAUGUGAAAAAAGAAAUAAACAAAGAAAUUGACUAAAAAUAGAAUUAAAAUCAUACUCUGG